GGGAGCCGCUCGUGAUGGGUCCGGCCACCAUGAUGGUUUCAGUGGUUGAGCUUUGAAGCCAGUGCAUCAUGUACAGUGUGGAAGAUCUUCUGAUUUCUCAUGGAUACAAACCGUCAAGAGAACCAUGUGAAGAUAACCCUGAAGGGCGCCAGCGAGCAAGGACAAGGACCAGAGGUGCCCGUGGCCUGAUGAAUGGGUAUGAGGAUGGCCCUGUAGCCUUUAAACACAGUAAAUCAUCCCCAGGGACAGGACAUGUGAGUGACUCUGAAAGCCGCCGCGGCACUCCGAGGGGCCACGGGGAGCGCCCAAGCACUUCUGCUUCUAGAGCUGCUGAGGCCGGGUUUUAUAAUCGACCCACCUUAGCAUGGUCCUCUCAGCCCCAGAUCGGUAACAACCAGGCCUAUUGGAGAAGAGGAGGACAGAAGGUCAGUAGCUUGCUGAGUCCAAGAGACCGGCAAGACCUGGAGGUCAGAGGAAUGGCCCAAGCCCACAGUAUGCCCAUCCACGUAAGGGAGGGUUCAUGGGAAGUCGGAGGAAGGACAGAGGACGUGAUGAAGAAGGCAGUUUGGGAAGAAGAGUUGAGGAUGUCAGGUUCUGCCAAGUGGCAGAACGUCAGCCUGGAAAGCUGGAAUCAGCCAAGGAAGUUAGGGAAGCAGAUGUCUGAUGGUGAUGGGGAGAAAUUGUUUCAAGAGCUGUACCCAUUCAUUCAAGGUGAACAUGUGUUGACUUCUCAGAACAAAAAGAAAUCCCGGUCAUUGCCUCGAGGUCUUUCCCCUGAAAGCUUGAGCUGCAUGGAAAUUCCCAUUCCAGUAAGUGACGGCCAUGUACCAGAUAUUCCUUUGAUAUCACCGUAUGCUCCAAAUUGUGUGCCACAUUUGGAGUCCACAAGGAACCCUGAGAAGGGUGGCUCCCUGACCCCUUUUGCACGGCCUAAAUUUGGGAGACCCCUCAAGCCUCCAUUGUAUGGCUCACACCAGCAGACCAGAGGAGAGAACAGCGACCUUCAGGGCAGCCAGCAAACGGACCCCCACGGUUCCUACCCGACCAAAACUAACGACUCCAGGCAUGAGCUCAGCAUGUCAGACUCUGGCUUGGAGCCUCCAGUUUAUGUGCCUCCGCCUUCAUACAGGUCGCCCCCCCAGCAUAUCCCAAACCCCUACUUGGAAGAUACAGCACCCAGACACGUGAGUAGUGAACACAGUCAACCGCAACAUCUUACUGAGAAGCCGGGGGCCAGUUGUCCACGUCCUUCUGGUGUCGUUGGAACAGGGAAUGAGUACCGCAUGAGCCCUGGCUCUCCUCGAGGGCUCCCUCAAUUCCCCAGUCCUGUCACUGCCCAUGAAAACUCUGUUCAGUACAUCCCCUUUGAUGAUCCACGGAUACGACAUAUUAAACUAGCUAAACCUCUGGGUUUCUGUGAAGAAAUGAAGCUUGAUGAUAGGCCAUAUCACUCUGGUCCCGUUACUGCCCAAGAGCCAGCUCAUGGGAAAAUGAAAUGCGAUGGUGCCCUUGUGAAUGCACAGGGCCCAAUACCCCUGUCGGAGAAUGAGAGGAGCUUGGCCUUUGCUGAUCCCAGCCCCCGGUGGCUCUGGGGCCAGCACCCUGGGAAUGGGGAAGAUGGAAACUUCUCUGACCAGAGAGAUCCCGGCAUUGUAAGAGAACAGUGGACUGGCAUAAGAGGAGGCCAGCAUGGACGUGAGGAAGGCCAGGUUUCCUCCCCAGACCCACAGAGUGAAAGUACCUGGGAAGUCCAAACCAAGCUCAGAAAGUUUGAAACUGGGAUUCAGACCAAGAAAACUUCAAAGAAAAAAAUGAACGAGACCAUAUUUUGUUUGGUUUCCAUCCCAGUUAAAUCAGAAUCACAUCUGCCAGAUAUAGAUACGAACAACAAUGACUUAAAACAGAGUGCUGAUAAAAAGCACAGGGUUGAUAAGAGCACAGCUCUGCAGGAACAAAGUCUGUUGAGCACGUCUUCCACUGACCUGGAGCUGCAAGCUCUCACAGGAAGCAUGGUCGGGAGAACAGAGUUCACAAAACUCGAUCUGGGGGAACCAGAAGAAGACAAACAAACACAUGACCUCAGAUUUAUCCACCUUGCAAAACACAGAGAGUUCAAGUAUUCUAGCCCGUGGCCAGGGCAUCAAUACAAAGAUCAGCAAACUCAAACCAACUUCUCUGAAGAAUCCCAAAGAUCCCAGCUCCUUCCUGAUGAAAACGUGGGAGGGAUGAGCAACACAGCACCAGCCUCCAAAUCCAUAGAACCCCCCGCCUCCAGAGCUCUCUUGCACACAGCAUUAGUGUCUGGUGACCAAAACCAGAAGCCAGAUGCUCAUAGCCUAAAAGGUCAAAUGUCCCUCAGCCCAUCUAGCAACAGUGCUUUCUCAAGGACUUCCUCAUCUGUCAAUCAGGCACUUGUGCCAAAAGUGGGCCAGAGUCAGCCUUGUGUGGGUGUCCAAGAACAUGAAGCCCACCCUGCGCCUAAGCCUGAGGUGGUGAAGGGGGAACCCAUGGCGGGCCCCUGCAACAGUAAACAGCCAUUUGGUCAGUUUCUCUUGAAACCAGUUAGUCGUCGACCCUGGGAUCUGAUCAGUCAGUUAGAAAGUUUCAACAAGGAGCUUCAAGAAGAGGAAGAAAGCUACAACAGCAGCCUUGAGGAAAGUGAGACUGAACAGCAGCAGGAAGACUACGCUGACUCGGGACCAAGGAACCAGGGCUUCCAUGAAAACAAGGAGCAGCAGCCCAGGGUGUUGGUGCCAGAGGAUUCAGGGUUUCAUUUGGGAAGAAUUAUAAGUAGAUUUGAGAGCUGGAGUGAGGAACCAAAUCCUGGCCACCCCUGUGCCCGUCCUCAAUUCCCAGGCCCCCUGCAGGUAGAAGACAGCAGAAUUGGCCCUUUCCAGUUGGCAGAUGGAGGCCUACUUACAGAGAAGGAACGCCAAAAGGUUGUAAAUGGAAUGAAUGAGCAGCUAAUCAGCCCAGGUCCUGUCAAAAGAAUGAUGUCUUCAAGACCAAGUGACACAAAACCAGCACCUCUGUCCUAUCUGGCUGAAUCUAAAGAGCCACCAGAAAGUCUGAAACUCACCAAUGCUCUAAGUUCUGUGCAGCUAAACAAAGGGGUCUCUCUGAAGAAUGAUGGUAAAGAGAAGGACACAGUGGUCCCACUGUCCCUUACUGUCAAAAAUCGAGGCCUCUCAGCACCAGACUUACGGUCUGUGGGGCUCACAAUGGGGCAAGAGCAGAAUGUCAGUAAGUUAGACGGAUCUUUGGGCAAAGGAAGAGCAACAGAAAUCCCCCAAGAGGAGUCCCUGCAGGAGAGGGCAGAAAGGAUUCUGGGCAUUGAGGUGGCUGUGGAGUCCCUCCUGCGGGGCACCAGAACAGGACAGAACGAACCACCCAAGUCUGAUACAAGUGCCUGCAGCCCAGAAUCCUCCAAGGAAAAGUCACUACCCAGCUCAGUGCCAUCAGAUGCACCCCUGGUUACCACUGAUGCCUUCUAUGGCAGGAGAAAGUGUGGCUGGACGGAAAGCCCCCUCUUUGUAGGGGAAAGGGCUCCCCAGACUUGUGAGCCCUUGAAUGUGGAUGGGGUCCUUACCAGCCAACCCACCAGCCCUGAGCCUCAGCCCAACCACUUGGAGUCCAAGUCCUUUGAGCCAAAGGAUGUGGGGGCAAAACCACCCUUCAGGUCCACUUUGUUCCAUUUUAUAGAAAGGACCCCAAAUGUGGCAGGCUCAGAAAAGAGGCUCAGAAACCCUUCCAAAGCAAUUGAAAGUUUACAAGAAAAACUGGCAUCCCCCCAGAGGAGGGCGGACCCUGACCGCUUGAUAAGAAUGAAAGAGGUGAGUUCUGUGUCUCGGAUGAGGUGCCUGAGCUUCAAGAACAUGGACUCUGCAGGGGAGGCGGAGGAACUGAAUGUCCCAGGGAACCAGGCCUCGCAGCCAGGAGGACCUGUGUCCCUGAGCAGUGGGGACCGAUCAUGGAGAGCUGGGCACCUGCCCUCUGUCUCCAAGGAUGUCAUCUCUCAGGAAGAAAAUGGGCAUCUGGCAGGUCAGAGGGAGCGGAAGAACACGGAUCAAGGCUUCUGGUGCCCAGAUUCCUAUGACCCAAGCAGAGUGGAGAGGGUAUGAUGAAUUUCUAGUGAAGCCUGGGACCACCUUAGUUUGCUGGUUGAUUAUUCCCUGAUUGAGUCCAUCCACCCAUCUUGCCCAAGCAGAAGCUAGCAGCUCUGGUCUUUAGUGUACUGAUUUCUCCUUCACCACUGUCAGUAGGAAAUCUGUCAUUCAUACAGAAUUGCUGUGAAUAUAAAGCAAUAGUCUGUUGAAACCAUCUGUUUUUAUAACAUGAAGAUUUAAUGCCUACAUGUAGAAAAGAGUUUUCACAUGCAAUCUCCUUCCUGAUGAAUUUGGCUAAGCUGAUAAAUAGUCUGGUGUUAAUUUGGUUCCAUGUGAAAAUGUAGACAUGGAAGAUAUAAUGAAUGAUUUUGAAAGGACCAUGAAUGUCAUUUCCCCUCUGAGUCUCCUCAGCCUGCAGUCCACACUCAUGCUAAGGGGUUUGGGGUAUAGGCUUUUGCCCAGUGUUUGGGCGCUUCCAGUAGUGGGUAAAUGUGAAUGAAUAUAUAUGAUCCAUUUCUAAUCAAUUUGGUCUUCUGCUGCUGGAAGUAACUUUACUUGUAAGUAACUUGCCAUCAGAGGAUAAAAGCAAUAUCUUUAAAGUUUCUAAAAGAGAACAUUUGUACUGUAAUAUACUAAGAGCAUUAUUUAUCUGGCAAUGAAAUACUUUCGUUGUUUGCAAACAUGCCAUGGUCUGCUUUGCACUCAGUAUUAUCUAUUUUUAUUUUCUGUAUGGAUGUUUAGAAAUUCUUUAUAUGAAAAAUAAUUGCUGGUUUAAAAUAGACAAUUUUAACAAAGUAACUAUAUUUCUUUUUACAAAAUUGCUAUUUUUCUAUGAUGUAAACAGUUGUUAGGCAGCAGAUUUUUAAGGAAGUAUUAUUUUAUUUAAGAGUCUAUCCCUUUGUGUGAGAGGAACCCAGAGAGGGUCUGCUCUUGCUUUAAAACAUAUGUCCCUGACCCAUUCUUAACUAUUGCUUCUGUUUUAUUUUAGGAAAUGUCAAUAUAAACAUAUCACAGGGUUAAUAAACUUUCACAAAAUUUUCUUUUGCAAAUGUAGCUAUAAGGUUAUAUUUGAAAAUAUCCCUCUACUUCAAACCAGCCUACAUCUUUGCAACAAUUUUUACUGCCAUAUCAAUUAAAAUUACCAAAAAAAAAACAUAUUUCAUCUUUUUAUGUCUGUGGGGAUCUGCCCUGAUGCCAUACCUUCCUCCUUUUCCCCUCCCCUGUCUCUUUAAAGAAAUGUGUAUUUUUAUUUAGAAUGAUUCUGAAUUAGCCUCACAUAUUUUUAAAAAGUGCUUGGAGAUAUUACAAAAGAAUUAUAAGGCCUACAUAUUCUACUGUGUUUAAUAUUGCAUUAACCUGCACAAAAUGUAUGCAUUUUAUGCAUUUUUUCCUUCUCAAUAAGGUAUUCUUGUUAGCUAAUAUUUUCUAUAUGGUUUCAUAUCUUUUCCCUUCUUUCCUUUUUCCCCUUCUCCCCUUAUUUCCCCUUUUAUGGUUUUUCUUUCUCUCUCUAUUAUUUUUUGUAAUUGUUGAGAAACCACCUCAUCUAUUUUUAGACAUUUCAAAUUCCUAAAAUGUGAACCAUUGGCUGGUCUGUCUAUUGACCCUAAAGUGAUGGACCGGGUUUUGUGGCCUGCUUGUAUCUGUACCAUAUGAUAUUAUUUCAUAAGAACCUCAUGUAUUUGGACCAUAGCAGGCAAAACAGAAUCUAAGUCAGUCUAAAUACACUUACUUGCAGUCUUGGUUCCCACUUAUAGUCAUCUCUUUCCAGAGCGUGGUGCUAUGAGAAGUUAGAGGAGACUCCAGUUUUCACAGCAGCAAUCAGACAGGCCCAGUCUCUUCCCAGGAAAAAUCUGGUGGGAAAGAGAUCGGGUCACUUUGUUAUGACUGGUGAAUCAUUCAAGUCAUCUGAUAGAAAGAACUCAGUGAGGGCUGAGCCACUCGGAGAUCUCUGUACUUCCCUAAUUAAAAGCAAAUGAAAGAAGGUACAUGUGCAAAUACCUACGUGCACACACCAAUGUAUGCAUACGUACAUAUGCAUUUAUAUACAUAAGCUCUUUUCUAACUUCUUAAGUUUCAUUGAUACCAACCGAAACUUCUUUUAACAAAAUAAUUAAAUUUUAGCUCAUACCUCAAUAGAAAAAAAAAAAAAAGAAUCCUCAAGGGGGGGAAAAAAAACGUACCUUAUGUGUCUCAAUUCUUUUCUGUUUUUAUUUUAUUCUCAAUUGCUGUAAUUAUAAUUUUCUGGAACCAUUCUGCAUUUAGUGAAAAUUAUUACUAUUUAUGUUUUUAACCCUAAUUUUUCUGGAUUCAAGCCUUUGUAAAUCUUUUGAGGGGGUGAUUUUAAAGUUAGUAACUUGAAAAUCUGACUUUUAAACUUUCAUAUUCUGAGGUAAAUAACAGUUUCUAAUCAAAAAUAGAUUUUCCAGAGGUUUUGAAAUUAAUACUAAUUAUACUUUCAUUACUCCUACUUCUCAUAUAUACACACCUGUGGCUGGAAAAAAAGUGUUUGUUUUGUGUUUUUCAUUGUUCUUCUCACACAUGACUUUCUGUUGGUGUUUAAUAAUUUGGAACUGGUAAAGUUAAAAGUUCUAAUUUUGACCAUUUAAACUAAAAAUUGUAUAAAGAAUUAUAUAUGAAAUGUAUUUCUGGAUUUGCAAAAGGAGAGAGAAAUUAUAGUAAUUUAGGUCUGGCUGCCCUUCUUUAAAGAAAAUUUAUGAAUGAUUGCAAAUCAUUCUUUAUUAUCAUUUUCAACCUUAUGUUUUGCAAAUCCCAGAGAACUCCUUUCUAAAGAUGCAACCAGUUCCUGUUUGACUCUUAAGAAUUAUUUCCAUAUCACUCAUAACUACUUGGAUAUCUUUUUUCUUAAAGACCCUAAAACAUGGAUCUACUCUUUAAUGCUCUGGUUUCCUUACUAGAAUUGUACAUCUGUGUUUUGAUUCAAGUGGAAAUUCUAAGUAGGACUUUUUUCUUCCACUUGCCUGUUGGUACAGGGCUGUCAUUCAUGGAAGUUCAAAUAUUUAAACUCAAAUGACUCUGAACCUAGAUCCUGACCACUUUUCCCAGCCUCAGAAUGACUUACUCUGAGCAUCCUGGUUUGGAGCUUCUGAGGAAAUCUGAUGGAGCGGAUCUGCAGUUGAGCCAACUACAUCCCAGAUCUGAGCAGAAGAGAACAAUGGAAGAAGCAUUAACCUACUGUUUCAUCCUGCAGCUCCCCAAAGGUUGUGUUUGCGUGUUUGGGCUUUUUCAUUACUCAUUUAAAAUGUUGUCAGGUUAACAUCUCUUGCAAAGUAACCAGUGCAGCUGAAUUCUCUGUCUCUAAAUCUGAACUUAGAGAAACACUUGCAAUUUCCUAAAUUCUUAUCUACGAUUACAUUAAUGUUUGGGAGCAUUGUUCUGCCAGAUCCGGCUGUGCAGGGGAGAACCAGGCCUAAGAGGAAGGGUAGGAAUGGGAGUAUGUUUCUUAAACUGAAGCUGUUGCAGGCCUGGGAGAUUCUUGCAUUUUCUUUCUGUUUUGUUUUUGACUGCACAUUCUUUACAUCUGUUUAUGGGAGGUGAAUUGCUAUUCAGGACAGAACUUAAGAGACACAUUCCAAAUGACCUUUAAGAGUCAGCAUGGUGGGAGGUCCUUUCCUGGAGCAAGGGUUGGUCCACUCUGAGACCCACCAAGCUAAGAGGGGAAACAAAACAUUCAAAGGAAGAGCAGCCCCAGCCUGCAUGUUUUGUUGAAAACAAAGGAAGUGGUUAGAACUAUAAAUUCAGAUAGAAGCCUCUUGAAAAGGUCCCUAUAUUCUAGCCAUCUGCCUAUUAAAACAGUCCUUAAGUUCAUUAGCAGGUGGGGCCAUGGCCAAAGCUCCUGUGCAUUCCUGGCCUUGACUUUUGAGAGCCCCUGUCACAACUAUGUUUACUAACUCAGUAGAGGCCAGGGAGGUGCUCCUUCUGUGAUCUCUGCCUACCGACAAGCUUAACCCAAAGGCAAGCCAGACUGCUGCCACUCAUUCCCUUGCCAUGACUGGGGGCGAAGAGGAAGCCUCUUCCACGUGGAAGCCAAGCCCUGCUGGGGCUGGCAGCUAAGCCAAAAGAGCAGCACCUACUUCUACCUCCCUGCACCCGAGCCCUGUGGCAAAGCCCAGAUGUGUGUCACUCUGUCAUAGAGCAAGAAGAAGACAAAGACAAGUUCAAGCUGAAAACAGAAGUUAGAAAUGAAAACCAGUUGUCCAAACGAGGAGAAACUCAUAGAUUAUAAAAAUCAUCAAAGGACUCUCCACCUGCAUCUGCCAAGAAUCAAAGCCCUGGCACUCAGUAUGCUAAGCAGAAGAGUCUCAAAAUAGAUUACAUGAAGUAAGUAAAUUAAAAUAAAAUUAGGGGAAGAUAAGGCCCUGCAACCCCACAGAGACUUUUUUUCCUUUCUUUGGGCACCUUUACUACCUAGGGCAGGUGGAGAGGGUGCGGGGAAGACAGACAAUAACAGCCAUUUACCAAGUGAGGUCACCACCUCCAUAUAAGGCAGUACAGGAGACCUUGGGUGAUGAAAGGUGAAGGACAGUGAGGAAAAUGAGCACAAAGAAGGCAGAGCAGAGCAAAGUAGCAGAUAAAAUGCCAUCGAAGCACAGAUGAAUGCCUGUACAGAGCUCUUGUAUUUCUCGGCACAAUGUAAAUACCCUUAUGUUUCAGGACGGCUGGCCUGGUCCAUAACACAUGUUCCAAAUAAAGAUUUUGCAUGGAAAUA